CCAUGGUAGUACACCACUUCAACAAGCAAAGUAAACACAGGUUGCGGUGGCACGAAGUUCUCUGUGUUGAUGGUGUCUGCACUGCGUGUCCUAUAGCUCUCACGAGACGUUCCCGCGUCCUAAGUGCUUUCUGGUAGUACUCAAAGUACUCACGAAAGUGCGGCGAUGUCAGGUGAUACCGACGACGAUGACUACAUGUCGAUGAACUUCUUCGCUGAAAGCGAGGACCUGCGGCCCGGACUGGUCCACAGCCGUGCGACCAAGCGGCGCUUUGAGGCCGAGAAGAAGCACCAGGAAGCGAACAAGAUGAGCCGCACUAAGUCCACGAAACAGUUAAUGGAGGACACCCGUACUGAAGCACUCAACAAACCAUUGGGCGAAGAAAACAAGGGAUUCAACCUUCUCAAGAUGAUGGGCUUCAAGCCAGGCAUGGGGCUUGGCAAGGCAGCAACUGCAGGCAGUUCGCUUAAGGAGCCGAUUCCUAUUGUGGUACGGGCGAACCGUGGUGGUUUGGGCCAAGAAUCCGAAGCCCGCGAACGAAUCGAAGCCAGGCUGAAGACGACAUCCGAGGCGGAAUGCAACCGAAUGGCUCAGGAGUUUAGAAAUGCCAAGCGUAGCAAAGCCCUCUUGCAGCAGGUUGAGGCUGACUUGAGGAAAAGUCAGAGGGCAUGCUAUAACCUGGACAGUGCACAGGAUAUUACAGAGCCCGAACAGCUCUGGUUCUGGCCUGGCAACACACAUCCGACCAGCGCCGAUGGUGACGUCAGGAAUGUGGUGUCUCUAGACGAAGAUGUAGCUGACGGCGACAUCGUUUCGUCGGACGAUGGGCUUGUUCUGCAGAAGAGAAGUUGGGAUGAGAGCGAAGAAGAAGAAGAAAAAGAGGAGGAAGAAGAUGUAGACCCCUCUGAGAGGCUCCGAGUUCUCACCGACUACCUUCGACGACGUCACCAUUACUGCAUAUGGUGUGUCAUUCAAUUCGAGGAUGAAGAGGACAUGGCAAGUUGCCCUGGGCCAACGAGGGCAGAUCAUGAUGAUGACUAAGCAUUUUGCAAGUCAUUGUAUGCUGUACAUAGCAUUUGCAAAUAAAGUUGCUUCCUGUAUACAUAGUUACUACA